AUGUGGGGGCUCUUGGCUGUCUUGCUGCUCACCCUAGCCUAUUUCUUUCAGCCCAAAGUAAAGCGCCCUGGUGCUAAGUACCCCAAGAGCCUCCCAUCUCUGCCCUUGGUGGGCAGCUUGCCGUUCCUCCCUAGACAUGGCCAUCCGCACGUGAAUUUCUUCAAGCUACAGGAAAAAUAUGGCCCCAUCUAUUCCUUUCGUAUGGGUAGCAAGACUGUAGUGAUGAUUGGCCACCACCAGCUAGCCAAGGAGGCGCUUAUCAAGAAGGGCAAGGAAUUCUCUGGACGGCCCCAAGUGACAACUCUAGACAUCCUGUCAGACAACCAAAGGGGCGUUGCCUUUGCUGACCAUAGUGCCGCCUGGCAGCUGCAUCGGAAGCUGGUGUUGGCCACCUUUGCCCUGUUCAAGGAUGGCAACCAGAGGCUAGAGAAAAUCAUAUGUCAGGAAAUCAGUUCAUUUUGUGAUUUCCUGGCCACCCAGAAUGGACAGUCCAUAGAUUUGUCCAUGCAUCUCUUCCUGGCGGUGACCAACAUCAUCUGCUUGAUCUGCUUCAAUACCUCAUAUAAGAAGGAGCAUCCUAUGCUGAAGAUCAUAUAUUCAUACAAUGAAGGCAUCAUGGAUGCUCUGGGCAAGGACCAUAUAGUAGACAUAUUCUCUUAUUUUAAGGUUUUCCCCAACAAAACCCUGAAAAAGAUGAAGGCUUGUGUUAAAAUGCGAAAUGAUAUGUUCACUGAAAUCUAUAAAAAACUUAAGGAGAAUUUCAGCAGCAACUCUAUCAAUAGCCUGGUGGACAUACUGAUCCAAGCCAAGAUGAACUUAGACAAUAACGCUGCUGGCCCAGACCAGGAUCCAGAGAUAAUUUCAGAUCGACACAUUCUUGCAACCAUAGGAGACAUCUUCGGGGCCGGUACAGAAACCACAACCUCUGUGGUGAAGUGGACUGUGGCCUUCCUGCUACACAAUCCUCAGUUGCAGAAGAAGAUCCAGGAGGAGAUUGACCGGAAUGUAGGUUUCAGUCGCACACCAACUAUCGGUGACCGGAACCAACUCGUCCUGCUGGAGGCCACCAUCCGAGAGGUGCUUCGCAUUCGGCCCGUGGCAGCUACGCUCCUCCCACACAAGGCUGUCGUUGACUCCAGCAUUGGCGAGUUUACCAUUGACAAGGGAACAAAUAUUGUCGUCAAUAUAUGGGCACUGCAUCACAAUGAGAAAGAGUGGCACCAGCCCGACCAGUUCAUGCCCGAGCGCUUCCUGGACCCCACAGGGAGCCAGCUCAUCUCGCCAUCGUUAAGCUACAUGCCCUUUGGAGCAGGACCCCGCUCCUGCGUAGGUGAGAAUCUGGCCCGCCAGGUGCUCUUCCUCUUCAUGUCCUGGCUGCUGCAGAGGUUCGACCUGGAGAUCCCGGAUGAUGGGAAGCUGCCCUCCCUGGAGGGCGAUCCCAAUUUGGUCUUUCUGAUCGACUCUUACAAAGUGAAGGUUAAAAUGCGCCAGGCCUGGAGGGAAGCCCAGGUUGAGGAUCGCACCUAG